UCGUUCGAACGUAAUUUAAGCUUCCGCUGCUACCGGGAACGACGCGCCGCCGCCGCCGCCGCUGACAAUGGGAAGAUUUUGUUGCUAGAAAGGUGCAAUGACACACCUAGCUACGGGCAAAUAGUCCCGCGAUUCCCGUUCCACCGGAGGAUUAGUAUGAAGAAGCUACCGCCGCACUUCUUCUAGUGGGUGCUAGGAUUUGGGAUUGUUGUGUGAUCGAUCGAAAUUUUCCAACUUUUGUGGUGUUUUUUGAAUGUGCAAUAUUGAAUUUGGAUUUAUUUUUUUGCUUUCCUAUUUUAUUUUUUGCUUUCCUAAGUGCAAACAUCGAACCGAAAACCGUGAAGAUCAUUCAGUUUCCGAGUGCAUCACCAUGCGUAUAAAUCCUGGAGGUGGUCCAAAAUGAGAAAAAGUCGCCUAAAAAUAACGUGCGUGAAAAGCGUAGAGUUGCUCUGUAAAUUGAGCGAUGUGAUGUUAUGAGAUGCAGAACAAACGUGUGUCUUAUGUAUGAAUAAUGACGUGGUCUCAUAUGAGGCAAGUAACAAGAUGUAUGUGUAAAAUUGUUCGCUUGUGAAAAGUUUAAUGAAAAAUUUGAAUAAUAUGAAAGAAAAGUGAUGAAGUUCCGUAUUGUUACCAAUUAGCAGAGUGUAUCUAUGAAACCACAAUUUAAUGAGUACUGAAUAGCAGAACAGUGUCUAUCGUUUAGUACUGAAAAUGGAUAGCAGGGAAGGGAACUCAACGGCUACCACCUUAUACAGAAUUUUACAGAGCCCGGCCCCAGUAUGUAUGUUCUACUUCGCGCAUCCAUUUGGAAUCUCUUCUCCGGCGGGGGCAUCCUCACCCGGUAAGGUUGUGCCACCGAGGGUUUCCAAUUUGGAACCCUCACGGAAACCUGUUCCCCUACCGGCUCCCAAGUACGACCGGCAACCGUCGAAAACGGAUAUCGUUCGUCAAAGGCCCGAAUCUCGUGACGAACCGAAGAAAACCGGUCCGCAUGGUGUUGCUUUGCGUCGGGGCGAAAAGUCGACACCGAAACCAAUCAGGCCGGAAAAUCGAACGAAAUCGAAAAAGAUAAAAACCGGUGGCGGCACUAGUGGGCAGACGGGGACGGCCGAAGUCAAGUCGCAGGCAGCUAUCCUUACGGUGAAACCGUACGCCAAGUCAAAAAGGCGCCAGAAUGCGAUUGAACUAGAGUCCAGACAGAUCCCGCUGACAAAGUGGCCAAGUACGAUCUGGAAUCGGGACUUUCUCAUCCCACUUCUGCUGCAGGUUCUGGCUAAACAGCAUGGUCGCAAAAUUCCGGAUAUCGAGCAGAUUUUGCGCACCGUACGAACCGCUUGGAAUACUCCGAAGUCCCAGCGCUCAGUGCUGCACAGCCAGGAUAGCCGGGACUCGUUCUCAUCGAGCUGGGACCUAUCGAGUUCAUGCGAUAGACACUACUGUGACCAGGGACACUACCACGCCUGUGAGAUGGGUGCCGGAACGUACGCCUCGGUGAUGGGCUCUGGCCCGGGAUUGCUGCGGAGGCGAUACUCCGUACCGGAGAUCAUUAUGCGGAAGCACACUUUGGCUCAGCAGAAAUCAUACGAUGAGCCGCACGACACCAACCACAACAGCAUUAGCAUGAGCAACAAAAACUACUACUGCCCCUCGCCAUGUUACAGCCAAACUCCACCGACGCCGCAGUACCAGCAGCAACAAGAAAGUCCGCAUCGGCGAGGUGGGCCAAUGACACGCGCCAGAAGCAGAGAAUCCCCGGCAGGCAGCCGAAAGCAACCCGAAUCACCGCUGGCAGCUCCGGCUCUAGUUCAGCGGAAAUCGAUUACGCGAGCGGCCAACAGCCUGGAGGCCGCACCUAGCAGCAAUGGGAACCAUUUCCAAACGCUGGCAUCCACCGGGUCCGAGUCUAACUUGGUCACGAUGAGCCGACGCCAGACGUCUCUAGGUGGUAUUAGUCGUAGCCAAAAAUGUAGUAGUGUCAUUGGUAUAAAUAGUAGCACAAACAACAAUAAUAAUAACUAUAUUGGUCCUGUCGGUAGCAAUGGGGUGGUCAACGGGGUGGGCGCAGGUGCACUGGGAGGAGGUUGCGUGUUAGGUGCGGGUGCUGCCGCCGAUUUUUCGAUGAGAAAAUCCACCCUACUGCGAAGAAUGUGGAGCAAAGAAAUGCGACGGUACGACCGGUCAGGGAGCUGGUCACCACCGUUAAGGCGAACGCCGCGAAGAAUUUACAGCAUUGAAAGCAUUAUUCCUCCAGAAGGGCUAGCUGGUGACGGGAGCGGAGCCAGCAGCGAGGGUGGAAGUAGUUCUGUGACAACCUCGACUACCUCUUGUAAGGAAUGUGCGAAGUUGGAAAGUCAGUACGCGAGCAACGCUAGAAGCGGAAAGUUAAUCGAGGAAUCUCCGAAAAGGCUUCGAUUGGUGACCUCGGUGAGAAACAAUAAUCUGCAGAACGAAUCCGACAACGGGGAGAAAGUGAGUGAAAUCAGUAGCCCGGGAAGAAAUUUGGUCUCCAGUGAGGGUUUAGUAGAGAACAGUGUAGAUUCGAAAUCGGAAAUUUCAAAUAACGCGCUGCUACGACGUAGAGAAGGAUUGGUGAAUGGCCGGAACAGGCGAAACUGCGUCUUCAUGAAUGGUUUACAGGAUAAUGCCACCGGUAUAACCAACGACAUUGAGCUAGACGAAGCAGAUCUUUCUAGUAGUGCCUCAUCAUCGAUAGUGUCUCAGGAUUGUGCUCGACCGUCUGGUCCAGCUGGCAGCACUGGCGUUAUCCUUGAAGGCAGUGAAGAGAGUGCGUUAAUCGAUAACGAGCAAGAAGUCGACCCCGACGAAGAAGCCAGCAGUACGAACUUAAACGUUCAGGAUAACGAAAGUGAUCUCAGUGAGUUUCUUAAGGAAGAAGCGUAUGCCCGCAAAGAUAAUGCUGGUGAAACUUAUCGGGAAAUUGCUGCUCAGCGCGGGGGUGAUAUUGAUACUGAUGUACAUCCUGGAAAACGUGCUGAGAUUAUUGCUAGUAGUGCGCCACCAGGAGCUAGUGCUGUGAAGGUCAGUGAAAAACUUUCGAAUGGCGAACAUUUCCCACUGAAAAAACAAAUUGUGCGGCGUAGUAGCAACGCAAGUAGUAGUGCGGUUAGUAUUUCCGGGGAAAGUACCGAUAGUGAAAGUGUGAGAAAUGGCACUAAUGAGAAGUGUGUGCGGGAGGCAAAUGAGUUGACAGCGUUGACGGGUGGUGAUUAUUUGAAAAAGGACGAACAAUUGGAUGAGUACAUAUCGAAUUUGUUGGUUGAUAAUUUGAACAACCUUCUAGAUACGAAAGAAGUGUUCGCUAAUAGUGCUGCCGAGUGGACUGCGAGUGGUGACCUAACCAACAACAAUCAGCAGGGGGAGAAAGGUCAAAUGUACGAUCAAGGUGACAGCAAACUUGUAAAUGGCCAUGAAAUGAAACAUAAACUGCCAGAGAAAUACAUCAACGGUGGGGGUGGAGUUGUUUGUAAUUCACCACUCAGCAGACACUAUAAAGAGAAUGAAAAAGAAAAUGAAGAUAGUGUGAAUAAUAAUUCCAUGGAGGGAGGCGGAAAGCUUGCAAUCAAUUAUAUACGCAAGAAAAAUGGGGAGAAAAAGCACAAUGCUAACGGUUUCUAUUUAGUACCAAAGAAUGGUUCUCGGGAGUCUGAUGGACCAUCGGAAAUUGACCUCAAUGGAAAAUAUUACUUUCCUGCGUACGGUCUUGAAACCGACCCAUCCGAUCAUACGGAUAUUGCUUCGGAACCGGAGAUGCAGAUUAUCAGUAAAAUUGGAACGGGAUCAACAUACCGCGGAAACGCAAACUCCAGAUCUAUCAUAGUGUCUCGCAUUUCGGCAUUUCCCCGUACGGAAUCGAUGGAAGUUCAACCCUCAAAUACUUCAGCCGAGGAAGAGUUUGAUGAUCUACUGGGUAAUAACGGUUCCGACUCGGACACUACGAGCCUAGUCGACAGUUUAGAUGAGGUGGAAAUUACGCCUCGAAGACGCCAUGAUCGAAAAAAGAGCCUCACUCAACCUCCGGCAGCUGCAGAAAGUACAACAAAAUCGGAAACCACACUCUCGGAAAAGUCACCCCGUCACGAAAAAGGAGAAGCCUUCUUCGUGCCUAUUCAGGAUACCGCUGUGAUAAUCGAUGAGCAUAUUGUAGUUGCCGAUACGAUGCCGCUUCUGAUCAAGGAACGGCUAAAUAGUCGUCAUCGAAUGAUGGUCUGGAAACGGGAGCAGGAGAAUCAGAAACGUCAUCGAAAAAUGAUGCGGAAGAUCGAGCAAAAAAAGUUCUACGGAGAACCAGCGAUCCAAGUUAUAAGCACCAUCGAUCGAGCGCUUGGUCGCAAGGAACAUAUCGCUCCAGAAGACAAGAAACGUAUUUUUGGCCAAACCUCCGGUUCCUAUGCAGCCAGACUACCGAAGGCCAAGAAAAAAACUAAUGCUCUUCGAACCGAGUUGGGUUUGUUGGAAUCCUACAAGAUCGAUGCACGCGGAAAUAUGCAAAUUCAAAAUCCGGCUGCUGGCGGCGCAGGUUCCAGUGAAAGCACGUCAAGCGCGAAGAAAGCUACCAAAAGCCCCUGGGGUCAAGCUGCGGAGAGAAGACAAGCUCGUACAUCUGUUGAGAUUCCACCAGCCUCGACAAAGUCUUCCGGCCGUUCCGUCACUGCGACAACAACAGCAUCAUCAAAGACACCUCGCAAAACGCCUAUUGAAACCAAAAGAAAACAAGUCCUAAAGGAUGUUCAACACAUGACACUUUACCAGCAAGCGGAUUUGACCCCCGACAUUGAGGGUGGCCCAAGGCGAAUGUACCAGAAGACGGAGAUCCAAGAGGGAGACACACAUAUCGAAAUCCUUGAGAUCGUAGAGUGUGGUGAUAGCGCUCCACGCAGUAGUGUUUCUAGAAAUCGACAACGGGCAAAAAGCGCUGGAAGCCGUUCUGGUCCGAAGCGAUCGCGCAUACCUGUGCCCAUUUAUCGGUGGGGACGAAACAGAAGAAGUAAUAAUUCAAGAGAAAACAGUCCCCUUUCCACCGCUGGCGGUACACCGAAAGUCGAUCGUAUGAUUGCUGAUUACUUGCUGGAGGCCUUGUCGAACCCAGAUGACGUAGGAGUAACAUUCAUUCAAACUCCAGAAGAACUAAAAGAGAAGGGCAAGCGAUCUCCGAGUGUUCGUAAAAACGCCCCACCCAACAGUAGUACCCCAAAACGCUCGGCCAACAGCGGAAAGUACACCCAACGUUUCGAAGUGAUCCCCGAAGAACGAAGCAGCGUCUCAAUUGGAUCGUCUUCCGAAGAGCUUUCUGCUGGGAAAAAGAAACACUCGUCACCACGUCGCGUAAGCUUCGAUGAACAUCAUAAAAUCCUCAACGUUGACGAAUUCGAACCGUCAAAGCUAGCACCGAAAGCAGUAGUAUCUCCUCGGCCCUCCCCCAAGCAGUCACCCAAAAAGGCGGGUCCCACACCGGCUGCGACACUCUCGCCCAAGGCACCUGCGCUGAAAAAGAACACCACCAUCAGCCGCGGAAAGGCGGCCAUCCAGAGCGAUGUGGUCGAAGAAAAAGGCUGGAUCGGGUUCAGCACACAGCACGAGGAUUUGGCCACUCCGGUUGGCGACGAAAAAGAUGAAGAAGUUGAACAUAUUCCACUAGCAGAGAAGAAAGCACUAAAUGCCAAUGGCCACCAUCAUCAUUUGAGUUCACCCGUCACCCCCAAGCAUGAUCGUAACAGCAUUGUAAAAACCAUCAUUACUGGCAACAUUGCACGCCACGACAGUGAUAGCAAGCCAAAGCGGCACCAAGACACCAAUUCAGUUUCCACCCGGCUUCAAACUGUCGACCAUGUUCAUCAUCAUCAUCAAAGCGUAAACAUCAGUGUAAAUCAUAGCGAUUCUGUGCCUGUGGUGUCUGUCGAUCACGUGCGAUCAACAGUGGCUACCGUCGGAUCGAAUAGUAGCUGCAAUGGCACGGCCGGCUCCGAUAGCUUAGUAUCGGUGUUCGGUCGAUCUAUACGAAGUGGCACCGUUAACCAUCUGGCGAUCGCCACUGCAACUCCUGGUAGUCGUAAAUUGACCAGUGGUGAAUUUUCAGACGAAUCUUGCUUCACUGACAGUCUCAACGGGAAGCCGUCGCCCAAACGACAAACUGAUUUACCUGAUUUGCGUGAACUCUCUAUCCCAGUGCAACUAGAACAGGAUUUAAAAUCAUCCCGUCAUGGAGGUCAUAGUAUUAACGAGCUGAAAUCAUCCAAUGAGUCAGUUAGAGAGGUAAACGUAGCAAACUCUUGUGACUGUAGUGAAUCAUUAUAUCCCUACCGCCAGAUCCGGGAAGAGAAUGCUUGGCAUGUCUAUGAGACGACCGACUGUAAGGUCAUUCAAUCCAAGAUCGAAUACUACGAAACAUCAAUCCACAGAACGCCACUCACAGAGAACCAUUCGAAUAUGUUCGGACAUUUGGAGGAGCGGACACCUGAUUCUUUGCGGGCUACCAUUAUUAAGAACAAAUUGGACAACAACGCACUCGUGCGACAUGAGCUAAAACCGGAGGACCGAACGUAUCUUACCUCAUCGGACACAGUCGAUUGCCUUCAUAUUCCAUCAAUCCACGCAUGUAGACCUCUCGCAACAAGCGAAGAUCCUCCAAAAACAGCAGACACCUGCAGUAGCUGCUGUUUCUGCAACCCCGAGAUACACAAAAAUUCCUUCAAACCUUCCGAAGGCUGCUUCUACUGUCAGGCGAAAGCGCAAACUCCUAGCAAAUCAUUUCCCAAUCCUCCCACACCACCCAACAUACAAAUGUCCCCCGUACCGCCAUCUCCCAAGACGCCAAUAAUGGAACUAACGCCAACUCCAACUCUACAGGAAAUCCCUCUUUUACCCAGGAAACCUUCUCAGCCAGAGAAACCUCAAGAAAACCCCAAACCCUCGCCAACCUCUCCCAAACAUGACCCCAAACCAACGCCAGUAACCACAAACAGUGGCGUUCAGACAACCGAUACCAGUGGUACCAGUACUGGUUCCACCUCAAUCAAUGGGCUCUACACGGAAACAACCAAAAAGACUGACCACACCCACACGAAGACCAAAACGAAGGCUUCCGAUACCGUCAGUACGAAGUGUACUACAACGAACGAGAAAAUCAAACGCUCCUACGUGCCAUCGGCAGCGGAAUCGGACAAGCUGGAGGAGAUUUCGAAAAAUUCCUCGACCCGCAAAAAGUCCGAAAACACCGUUCUUAACCGACCAAAAAACAUCAACAAUCUCAACCGAAGUGCUGCCACCGUGCACUCGGUGCAGAAAGAAGUGAAAAAUGAACUGAAAACACCGAUCAAAGUACUGCCGAAAACCGCCAAAGAACUCAGCAAUCGGAAGGAACGUGAAAGAAAAAUCGAUCUAAACCUGCCACUGGAAACCCACGAUCUUCCACCGAAGCAGAACGCGCCGAAAGCCAAAACCACGCUCGGUUUCGAAAAUUUGGCGAAAACUCUCGGUGGAUCCACGCAAAGUUACGACGAAACAACGUCCUCGUCAAGCUCGAUGGACAGCAGUCCAAACUCAAGCCCUUUUAAGAAAUGUGCCGCGGCUCUGCCGCCAGCUGCCCGGUGGAAGCACAACAGCGAACGAAACCUGACGCAGUUGACGAUGCAGAAGAUCACGACAGCCAGCAAGUGGGGCAACAAGUGGCGAAAGGCAGCGCGACAACACGAACACUCGCCAGCACCGGAGAACGUUUGCCUAAGUCCGGCUCGACGGAUCCCGCCUGCUGGUGAUGAGCCGCCAGCCCAGCUGGCGAUGGAUAGAGUGGUUAAUGGAGCCAGCCUUACGGCAAGCUCUGCGAUAACUGCAGCCAGUACUACGAACGCUGCUCCGGCCAUCGUUCCAAGCUUGGUCGGGGGAACCAGCCAGAGCAUGGCAACCAAUCAAGGAUGGACAGUAACGGUGGCCGGCAAUUACAACCCAGACAUGGCUCCGGACGUCGAGAUGCGGCUGAGCUUUCCUAAACAGCCAAAUUCGGCAUCCACUAGUAAACCGAUAGUCAGCGGUGUCACCGCCAGUAGCAAACGUACCAAUAACAGCACAAUCGAUUCGACCUUGAAUGGGCACGACAGCAGCUAUCAAUCAAGAGGUGGAAGCAGUAAGCGGUACAUCGAAGAUGCCCAUCACAUUCCGGGCCGCAAUGGACAAAACUACACCCUGUUGGACAACGACAGCUAUGGUGGUAGUCAAGGAGCAUCCCGUGCAGCUCUGCCGCCUACAAAUGGACUAAAUCCCAAACGAUCCCUAUCGCGAUCCGACGGAAUCGCAGGCGGUAAAGAGCAUCGUCUUCCAAAUGUUGGCCCAUUGAGCAACGUUCCGGCAAGACAGAACACCAAGAAAGCGGUCAAGCAAACCAUGGAGUGUAGCGUCGUAACAUCGGCAACUUCGAAAACCAUUGCGAACAAGUAUCACAUGCUCUCGCACCAGCAACAGCUACUGCACGAGCAGACACGAUAUCAGCAGCCCCAUCAGCUCAACACGUCUUCCUCACAACAUCUACACCACCAUUCGCAACAUCAGCCUGGCGCCCCAGCGACAACCGAACUGCACAAUGGAGUCGGUGGAAACCGCGGCACCCGCCGACAACGCACCAUGUCCAUCCAAUCACUUCAUCAUCAAACUUCCACGCUACACAACGGAGGUGGCGUUGGUAGCAAGUUCGCUUCAUCCAAUCUGCAUCAUCAGACCCGCUAUCAUGAUCCGUCAUCCUUAGGCAAUGGCCUUAAUGCAUACAACAACGGCUACCGGCGUGUUUCGCUGGAAAGCAUUUACAGUGGACCCCACCUGGACAACCUGUCGGUGAUGGGCAACGCAAUCGCACCGGAGCACAAACCCAGAGUACCGACCAUGAGCGAACGGGAUCUCAAGCGGAAGCACCAUCCUUGCUACGUGAGGACACAGCCUUACUUUUCGUAGGCCACCAGCUCAAACCAAUACUGUUCGUCUUCGGGAAAGUGCAAAACUCUUUCGUUGUUGUGUAGUUUGUGUUUAAAAAGUUAUUCGGACGGUUAAAGUUCUCGAGAAAACUGAUUCAAAUAGAAGCAUUUCUGCAGUUCUUUGCUGACACACUAGUUAUGCUCGGUUUUUUUUAUGUAGUUCGUAAAUCAUGUUAGUCGAACAGUAAGUUGGGAAACAAAGUAUUAACUCAUAAUUGAAAUAAUAUUGUAAAAUAUAUAUAUCAAAAUAAACAA